GCAGGUAUAAAGGGGCGCGGCGGCGGCGGCGGCGCAGCGCGGAGGCGUCCCUGUCCCCCAGGCCGCCCUUCUACUGUAGCCGUUUCUGCUGCCGCUGUAGCUGCCGCUACCCGGUGCCCGCCCGUGCCCGGUGCUAGCCCGUACCAGCGCCUGCGGCUGCUGCAGACACCGCCCCCCCCCCCCAGCGUCGGAGUAGAACGGACAAGGAUGGACUUUAUGGGCGACCGUCGGGCGUUCCCGGUGGAGGCCAGCGCGGGCGUGUGCCGCACCCUCUUCGGGCCCGUGGACCACGAGGAGCUGGGCCGUGAGCUGGUGGGCAAGCUCGCCGAGAUAAGUGCCGAGGACGAGCGCCGCUGGGACUACAACUUCCAGAACGACAGGCCGCUCUUGGGCCCGGGCCGCCUGCAGUGGCAGGAGGUGGACGACCACACGGUGCCCGCCUUCUACCGCGAGACGGUGCAGGUGGGCCGCAGCCGCUUCCCGCUGCUGGUGCUACGCCCCACGGCCUCUCGGGGGUCGGGCUGCCCCCCGCUCCGGCCAGCGCCGGGCUGCGCUCCGGAUGACGAGGGCCCGGGGCCCGAGAACGCCGCCGAUGCCCCAGUCGUAGCCAUCACAGAUGAGCUGCCCCUGGACGCCAACAUCGACUUGGACUCGGGCUUCACCAUUCUGGCCACUGCCCGCUCCAGUGCCCCCGCCAGCAACGCCCUCAUUACAGCUUUCUUUGUGAAGCGCAAGAGGCCCAGAGCUUUCAAACCUUUUCACCUGGACCACGCCAUGCCCCGCGGGAGGAGCCCGGAUCCGGACCCUUCGAGCCCCGACGGCUCGGACAGUUCAGGCUCGGAAAGCUCGGUGGGCAGCUCCGGCCGGGACAGCCCAGCGGGCCGCACUCGCCGCGUCCGACGCACCCGUCGAGCCAGCUCGGCCGCCCCUCCCUCUGAGCAGAGGCCCUACAAGCGCAGUCGGUAAACAAGCUUACACUGGAGCCUCCUGCCGAUGGCCUCCACUCAGACUUCCCUGCACCCUAGAGGAGAGGGCAGGUGCAGGAGGAGGGUGCAGCCCUCCCUCGAGCGGGUGAGCCAGCUGUCCAACUGGGAACCGCCUCCCUUCAAGCCAGCCCUCAGAAGGACCGACCUGCUUUUGUACUUUGAUGUAGCAACCGACGGCUGAGCCUGCAGCCCGCCCCCGGGGCAGUGUUUAAGAAAAAAAAAAAUCCAGUAAAAAAAAACAACAACAAAAAAACAAAACCGUUUGACAACCGUGCAAUGUAUUAAGUUUUAUGUAGAAAUUGUUUAUACGCCUGAUGUGAGUAGCUGGUCCCAAAGUGCGAGAGCUUUAAGAAAUCCUUUAUAUAAAAUGUGUAAUCUCUGCUGGAAACUCCGUGCACAGCCAAUGUAUAUUUGUACAAAAGUGUAAGAAGUUCUACGUGCUAGUAACUUAAUUACCUAUUUAUGGCAGAUCUCGCGGACCCUCCGUUUGGCUCUGGGGCAAGUGGAGGGGCCGAGCCUGCGCCUGAGCAGCCUGGGCAGAGGGCGGAGGGUCCCUCCUCCAGAGGUCAGGCAGUAGCUGGCCCAGCCCUCCUUCUAACGGAGCUCCGGCUCUAGGUUUCUGGGUUUGGGGGGUUUUUUGGUUUUUUUUUUACUUGAAAAGACAAAUCUGUUUCGGUGAUUCCUGAGCCGGUCUGUACCACUGCCGUUUCAGUCAUGCC